AUGGUGCUGACUGCUGAAGAGCGCAUAGCGCUCCAGAUCUCUGCCCAACUUGCCGACGACGACGAGGAUAUGGGCGGCGAAGCGCUGACAAAGCUUUUCCAGGUCUACAUGGAGUCCAAUAUCUACUUCCAGCGCUUCGACUCUAUCCCCGGCUCCAACGACAGCGCCAUCAUGAACAUGGACAACAUCCGCAUGGAUCCCAGCGAUCUGCACGCCUCCAACCUCCGCGUGGACCCUUUUAACUUCAAGUUUCUGCCCAGGCGCAUGCACGUGCCGCUGGAUUCCAGCCUCCGCGGAGACUACAACGCCCUGACCUACCUGGCCUGGGACAAGCUCCUCUGCGUGGUGGCCCAGGUGCUGACCCAGAAGUACAGAUGAG